AACAAUUUUCUAUUCGUGUUGAUAAAACCCAUGCAAAUCAACGACGACCGCGAUAUUCGGACCUAUAUAAGCAAAAGAACGUGCGUCAGCUUGAUCUUUAGUGCAUCAUUUUUUACACUUAUACUUGGUUUUCUUUUGGGCAAAUUCGUAUCGGAUCGACAGUAUAAAAUACGACAAUUGACACAACCGAAAUAUAUAGCCGUUAUUGAACAGAUUCAAACAUUACGACGAUCAAUAGAGACAUCUUCACAAAACAUAUCGGACAACAACCCAGUACAAACUCAUCCGAGCUACAAUCGAUUGUUGUGGGAGGAGGCAGAUGAAUGCACAGAUAAUAAAAUCGAUCAAAAUUUUAACAUCAGCUUUGAUGAUUUUAUUGAAAAAUUGGUUGACAAUGAACUUAAAAUUGCCGUUCAAUGUCUUAUUCGUUUGAACAGCAUAUUAAAUACGAUCGGAAAGGACUAGCGGUGGCGUGUGUUACGACGUCUUGGACGGCUUUAGUUAAUCCAUAAAUAAAUGAUUCUAACGCCAUUUUUAUCACGACCAGAUUGUCGAACACACACAAAAAUUUAAAAGUUCAAAAUAAUUAUUUCAAACAAACAAAAAAUCUUUUCACUUUCAAUGAGUCACCAGCUGUGUACUUUUUAUUUUCCGGAUUUUUCUUCAACAACGAAAAAAAAUGUAUCAAAACAUGCUCCAUUGGAAAGUUUUUUUUCACCUAAAAAUAGUGAAUCCGUUGGAACACGAUUUCUCUAAUUCUAUAGCACAAUCGCUAAGCGAAAUUUACUCAAAUUUAUAUUGUAUAUUGUGUUUAGCUGAAUCCAUUAACUUUCAUGUAAAUAGGCUUCAGGCUAUCAAUAUUUGCAUUUAAGUCAAAACUAUUAAUUUAAUAUUUGGCAUCAAUCGUUUAGGUUAGUUUGUGUGGCAAAAAAAAAAUAAUAAUACCAAAAUGGAAAAUCACAAAAAUCGAAUCAAAAAUUUUAUAUCUAAUUUCACAUGAGAAUGCACGUGUUCAAAGAGUUUUUAAAGGUACACAUACACACAAACACAAACAUACAAAAUCAAACCUUACCAUGAUCUAACUGUCUAGCUGGAUGAGAACAAAUGGAGGGUGGAAUACAAAUGUCAUGCCUAAAAUCCUAAGCGUUCAUUACAAAAGCAAUGAGCCAAAGGUCAUAUUCACCAGCUGCUAUUGAAUGGCAAUCAACAAUAGCAGCAGCUGGACAGUUAGCCCGUGCUAAUGUUUGCACAAAACCGAGCAAAAUGUGCAGAUUUAUAAUCUUCUCCGAAUAAUUUAAUAAAAUACUAAAUGAAUGUAGAUCUCGAAUAAAAAUCAAGAAUAACUUACUUACACCGACACAA